UGUAAAUCAUCUUUUUAGCGAACUUUUAUUCAUUUAAGACAAAUACAUGGAUUCAUCUGCCGGUGUAUUAAAGUUCUUAAAGUGAAACGUUUUCAAACCCUAAAGCCACUGAUAUACUACCAAGAUAAUGUCCUAUGGAGCUUAAUAACUUUUCUAAAAAUCGAAUACUAGUAAAUCCAGAUGAAAUAUUUUUACAUAAUGCUUGGGAUGAUGCAUCUUGGACUGAUGAACAAAUAAGUGAUGCAUUAAACAUAAUAGAAAAAAACUCUAAAAACAAAUUAGAUGAGGAAACUAUAAAAAAUUAUGAAAAUAAAGCAUCUUUUUAUUGGGAUGAAUUUUAUGCAACCCAUGAAAACAAUUUUUUUAAAAACAGAUUAUGGUUGUUUACAGAAUUCUCAGAAAUAUUAACUAAAAGUAAUAAUGGAUUAGCAAUAACACAAAGAUCAAAUAAUGCUACCCUACCUUUUUUACCCUUGUAUAAAUACUUUUUCAGUCUUCCAAAAUUAAAUGAACAGAAGAUGACUGAUGACUUUUUAAGAGAAUCUUAUAAUAUUUUUGAAAUUGGGUGUGGCGUGGGGAACACAAUAUACCCAAUAAUAGAAAAAAUCAAGGAUAAACAUUCUUACAUAUUUGGUUGUGACUUUUCUCAACAUGCCAUUAAAGUUCUAAAAUCAAACCCUAGUUAUGAUGCCACAAAAUGCCAUGUGUUUUUAUGCGAUAUCACUCAAGAGGAUGUGAAUUUAAAAUUUCCUUUUCCGAUAAAUAGCAUAGAUGUUAUAAUUUUGAUAUUCGUUUUGUCUUCGAUUCAUCCUUUAAAAUUAAAGCCUGCAAUAACUCAAAUUUUACCGUACCUAAAAGUAGGAGGAUACAUAUUGAUCAGAGACUAUGGUAGGUACGAUUUGGCUCAACUAAGAUUUAAACAAGGUAAAUGUCUAGGCGACAAUUUCUACGUUCGUUGUGAUGGCACCAGAGCUUAUUUUUUUACUCAAGAGGAGAUGAGAAACUUAUUUUUAGAUUUAAAUGGGGGAAAACAAAACAAUCAGCUGAUCGAAAUUCAAAAUAUAAUGGAUAAACGAAUCAUAGUUAACAGAAAGAAAAUGUUGAAAAUGCAUAGGGUUUGGAUACAAUGUAAAUAUCAAAAAAUAUGAACAUCGAAAUAUAAAAAGCGUAG